CGCGUGGUGGCGACCGGCGACCACCUACUAUAAUUCAACUCUCACACAGUGCGUGAAGUGACUGGCACUACUCGACGUACCACCUGGCUACUAACCGGUGUGCCGGGCGGCUAGAACCCCUAACCUCUCACGGAGCAGUGUGCGGUGGUGGUGGUUCGCGGAUGACAGGUGACCCAGCCGGCCCAGCCGGGGGCCAGCCACUACUACACCCGGUGCAACAGAAGCUUAUAUAACCCGGGGCCCCCGGUGGUGCCGGGUGCUUUCAGAAUCAAACCGUCCACAGUUCUGCAGGUGUCUCGCUAGACUCGCUGCCUAGACUUCUUGUUAGCUUAGAGCCCCCAGUGUGUGCGUGCGUGCGUGUUUGGGCGGCAGUGUCGAAAAGCGAGCGAAAGCCCGGCCUUCCAGCUUCGAAACGUUCGCCUGUUCGGGCCCGGUCCGGUCGUCAACCAUGAACCACCAUUUCGCAACGUGCAACAGCCGCCGGGUGGUGCGAAGGUCGCUGUGGAAGCUCCUGGCGAUCGUCGUCGUCCCGAUCAUCAUCGCUGCCGCAGUGCCGCCAGUUUCCGGGCGGGCCGCGUUCGAUAGCACCAAGCCGGAGUUCAUCAAAACGUGCCGCUUCUCCGAUCCGCAGUUCGUGAACUGCUCGACCGAAUCGGUGCAAGGACUGUUCGAUAAGCUGGUGACAGGCAUCGAAGGGCUCGAGCAUGUAGGAACUAUCGAUCCGAUGAAGAUCACCAAAAUACGCAUCUUACAGGGCGACGGUCCCGUUAGUGUCAAUGCCUCGCUCUCGAAAGUGGUGGUCACCGGCUUCGCCAGCACAAAGGUGGUGCGAAACGUCGUCAGCAGUAAGGACUACGGCUGGGAAACGCACAUCCGGUUGCCGAAGAUGCGGCUGGAAGGCAACUACCACAUGCAGGGCCGCAUCCUGGUCAUUCCGCUCAACGGGCACGGCAAGUGCUGGUUCGAGCCGAGUGGCAUGGACAUCAUCAUGCGCACCACGACCUCGCUCUAUGAGUGGGGCGGGCACGUGUUCUACAACGUCACCGCCACCAAGGUGGACUACACCAUCUCCGGGCUGCGGCUGCACAUGGGCAACCUCUUCGAGGGCGUGAAGGUGCUCGAGGACAGCACCAACCAGUACCUGAACGACAACUGGCGCCCGGUUUCGGAGGCCCUCAAGCCGAUCAUCGCGAAGACGAUCGAGGACAUCCUGCUGACGAUCAUGCAGAACAUCUUCCACCAGCUACCGGCCGACUACUUCGUUGCGGAUCUGCCGCGCACAGCGACUUGAACAACGCAACGACGGUGGUGUCGCAACGGCGGUGGGUGGCGAGUGUUCUAAACUGUAAAUAAACAUUGUUCCGUACCACAACCUCAUCGGCGGUAGCACAUGGGCUGCGUCCAGCUGGCGUUUAUUUUUAGCCAUGUUUGACGCCUUGAUGUGUCAAGAAGCGGGCAGAGAUAUUUCGUGGUUCUUUCCCAUCGUUUCUUCGCUUUUUUAGAUAAGCCAG